CUGUUUGACAUCCUUUCCUUGAGAGAGCUUGUCUAGAUUCCCGCAGAAACUUUCUGGUUGACUCUGGUCUUCAGAGCGAGGCAAGAGAACCGGAGUGUCUUUGAUGAGCGGGGUCUCUACGCUCAAGGUACUCUAAUACGAAUAGCUCGAUUGACAACGACUCCUUUUGCUUAGUAUUAACAGGCACCCAAUGUCAUCCAACUUUGUCACCCCGGGGCAACAGCGAGGCCUCCGCGCCUGCAUGGUGUGCUCAAUCGUCCAGCUCCAAAGCAGGUUUAUGCGCGAAGGCUGCCCCAACUGCGAAGAGUUCCUACACCUUGCCGGGUCUGCAGACGCAAUUCAAGAAUGCACAUCGCAAGUCUAUGAUGGCUUGAUCACCCUUGCCGAUCCCGCUUCAUCCUGGGUAGCCCGCUGGCAGCGGCUGGACGGUUACGUUCCUGGUGUUUAUGCCGUCAAGGUCAUUGGGCAGCUGCCCGAGGACAUCAUUCAAAAUGCUGAGGAAUCCGGCGUGAAAUAUAUUCCUCGUGAUGGCAGCGCCUCGAACGACGACCAAUAGGAGAAGUUCGAUAAUACCUUUACUAUUUCGGCGACACAAAUGGAGUUAGGCUAGGCGCAUAAGGUGCUUUUCAAUGACGACAUCAAGUUUAUCGAGGGGUUGGUUUUUCAUUCCGAGAAGUCCUCUCCCUUCAUCAUGAUCUUAUGUUCUCAUGUCGUUCUCUUCGAAUAUGCAUUGGGAUGGUGCUCCGCACUUGCUAAGCGAAUCUACAAAAUAAUGCGAUGCAACAUUGUCGAGAGACAGCGGGAUAUUUCUGCUCAAGGUGACGCCUGCUCUCGUCUUGGGUUGAUGUCUUUCAAGCAUCUCUUCACAACAUGCCGCGAC